AUGAAAAUUAUUAAUAAUUAAUAAAAAUUGUUAACUAAAUCAAAAGGUAUUGAUGAAUGUGGUGAUCCAAAUUAUUGCAUAUUCUAAAUACCAACAUCAAUAAGAUCUAAAUAGUAAAGAUAUUUAUGCCAUUCAUUGUAAUUAGAAAGCACUUAAUAUCCAGGAAAUAGGGUUCCUGCAAAAAAUAAUUUAGGGAAAUGUUAAGAUCUAUUUUUAUCCUCCACAAUCAGCUGUGUUGAUGGUUUUUUAUGCAUCAAUGAUAAAGGUGAGUGUCAACCAUUAAGUAUUAAUCAACCAAUUGCUAGAGAUGUUUUCUAAAAAUGUUAACCAGCAUACACAGAUUAAUCUUUAUAUUGUACUGUGGGCUAUUGUUUGCUAAAUUAAGUUUGUCUGCCUUUGUCUGUUUAGAAUCCUGGGAGAGAAGGUAAAACAAGUAAAUGCCUGUAAGAAGGAGAAAAAGGAGUCUUUGGUGCAAUAUAAUGUUUUCAAAGCUUUUGUUUGAAAGGUAUUUCAGAUGAACCCCAAGAUUAAUUUUGUGCUCAAAUAGAUUUUAAAAUUAGUUCUUAAGUUGGCAGAUACAAAUAAUCUCAAAAAUGUGUUAAGGAAGAUGACAAUAAUAAUCUUGUUAACAAUUUUAAGAUAGAAUAUUGUUUCAAAGGAGAAUACUGUAUUAGGAAAGAUAGUUAAGGAAUUUAAUUUUGUUCCAAAGUAUUGAGUAAUGAUAUUGUUUGCUCUGAUGUAUACGGGGCUUGUAUAUUUUCUAAAGACCCUAUAUAGAAUUGUUCAAGUUGUUCUUACACAGAAUGUUUAAAUUAGUAAACUAAAAAAUGCAUUCCUUUAGGAGCAGUAUACUGCUAAGAUUAUAAUGGAUUUUGCUCUAAUUUUUAGUCAUCAACUUAACCAUAUUGCGUAGUUUGUCCUAAAUAUUAUUGCUUAAAUAAAAGGACUUAGCUUUGUAUCUAUUAUAAGUAUAUGUAUAACUUACAAUACUCUUAAACCAAUUGUCUUUACUAGUUUAGAUAAGACGAAGAAUGUAUAUUGUAAGAUAUCAACUCUGUUAAUAAAUAUUAAGAGAAUUUAUGCAUUGAUAAUAAUUAUUUUUGUUUACCUAUAGCUGAAGCACAAAAAACAAAAAAUUGUCUAUUCUGUCCAAAAUAUUAUUAUAAUCCUGGAGAUGGAAUUUGCUAUUAAAAAUCAAACAAUAAUAAUUACCCUUACUUUAAUCUAGAUAUUUAAUAUGUAUCUGAAGAUUGUUACCCAAAAAGCGAUUGCUUAAUUUCAAACUAAAAAUGUCCUGAAGGAUGCUAGAAAUGUGAUAAUCUAAAUAUGUGCACUUAAUGUAUAGAGGAUUAUUUCUUAUAUUAAGAUAAAUAGACUUAAAAUUAAUUUUGUAUUAAGUGUGAUACAAAUAUAUACACCACCAUAAGUUAAGAUCCAAUUUUAAGUUAAUAUGGCACUUAAUCAUAUAAAUGUGUAGAAUGUAACAUCUAGGAUGAAGACUGGAAUUUAAAUUCUUUGAAAUAUAAGAAUUGUGCAAAGAUGGUAGUGUAAAUUGCAGGAAUAAAAAGAUUUACGAAUAAUUAUUCUAAAUUUUUGUAUUACAUCAUUCAAAGUGGAAAUUCUCAAAACUUAGAUUCAAAUUAAGCUAAUAGACAACUUGCUAGCCUAAUGAUACAAAAAAAGCAAGUUUCUCCUUUUGCAUGUUCCAAUCUGUGUAUAAGGUGUGAUUCCAAUCCAAAUAAAAAACCAUAUUGCUACAGAUGUGUUGAUUAUUAUUACUCUGACUAAAAUGGUAUCUGCUAAUAGUGCCCUUUAAACUGUUAAAAAUGUGGAAGAGCCUUAUUUGAUUAAAACUUCUUACCUAUCCUUAUAGAUGAUAUACCAAAAGAAGAUUUAGAUUAAGGAAUUUAUGAUUUUUCUAAAUCUAUAUUUGCAUGUAUCGAAUGUAAUACCUAGUACACUGUUAGUCCGAAUUUUAAUUAGUGUGAUUAAUGUGGUUUAUAUUGUCUCGAGUGCGCUUAUGAAUUUUAAGGAGACUUAGUAAAUUAUAGAAAAUAAAAUUUUAGAAACGAGGUAUACUAAAUUUUAAAAUGUAUAAAAUGCAAACCAGGUUAUACAUUGUCUUCAAAUAGAAAAGAUUGUGACAAGAUCUAAGAAUUUAGUAAUUGUUUAGAUUAAGAUUUAAAUGACUUAAAUACGGGUUUAUCUUUAAGGACCUACCUUGAUUUAUCUUCAAAUUCAUCAAAAUAAUAUUGUAUUACAUGUAAUUACAAUUCAUGCUUAUAUAAUAAUAGCUCAUGUGUAGAUAUGAGCUAUUCUCCUAGAAAUUAUGUUUAUAACUGUGAAUAUGCAAAUAAUGGUGAUGACGAUGAUGAUGAUGAUGAUCAUCAUCAUCAUAAACAUUCUUAUUAUUAUUUAACUACAUUAAAUACUUGUUUAAACGGAUCUCCAACUAUUUAUUAAGGAGGAAGCGUAUCUUGUGAUUUCAAUACUGAAUGCAAAAAAUAGAUAUAUUAAUGUCUUGAGUGUUUUGUUUCGACUGAUAAUACAUAUUAAUGCAAAGUUUGUUCUUAAGGAUAUAUUCCAAGCAUUUUUGGAUGUAUACCUUGCCCUGAAACUUGUUAAACCUGCUAUGAAGAAGGAUAUAUUAACUUUUAAAGAGUUAAUUUUACUAACUACAUAAUCAAUACACCUUAAACCACAAUCAAUUUUUCUUUAUAAUAAAGGCUUAAUUAUAAAAACAUUUUUAUGAUAAAAAUGAAGUGCUCAGAUUGUAAAUUUGGUUCUUUUCUUGAUUAUACACAAUAAAAUUGUUAAAAACCUUAAUGUGGUAAAUACUGCCAAAAUUGCAUAAAUUUUAAAGAUAGUCCUUUAUGUAUAUCCUGCAAUUAUACAAAACUUUUCAAUCUCAUAGCUCCUAUUUAAGGUUAUAUAUCUAAACUUCAUUACGGAACCAAUUUUCUAAGCAACUUCUAAUAAAUGGUCACAUUUGACUCUUAAUAAAAAAAUUGCUAAAUUUGUCCACUUCUAUGUGAAACUUGUGAAGAUAACCAUUUAGAUUUUGUUUUAGAUCCUUUAAGUUUGUAUAAAGUAAAAUGCUAUUCUUGUAAACAAUAAUUACCAAGUAAUUACGGAGAUAUGUAAAAAUAUGAAAUCAGAUAUGAUAAAGCAAGAAAGAGAUGCAUUUAUUGUCUGAAAAAUGAUAAUGGGUGCUAUUUUAAAAAAAAAAGUGAGAUCUUUGCUGAAUGUGGGACAGCUAGCCAACCGUUAGGUAAAGGUACGUUUGAUGAACCACUUAAUUUAUAUAGAAUAAAUGAAAUAAAUCUUGAUAAAUUUAUAAUAAAUGAACCAGAAUUCGAUAUAUCAUUAGCUUACUUUAAUGAACUUCAACUAAAAUAAAUUGAUUUUACCAUAAAUUUCAUUGAUAAAUCAAGAGUUUGCACUUUGGACUUUGCUUUAAAUAUCAACACAAAUGUUAAAAAUAAGAUUCCUUCAAUUUAGACUCUUUCUAUCACUUUGAAUGCAAACUAAACUAACAGUUUAACAGAUUAUGUAAUGUUAUAAAAAGACAUAGCUACUUUUAAAGGUUUUAGCUCAUUUAAGAUUUAAAAUAUGAAUAUCUAACCAAAAGAUUUGAAUAAAAAUUUUGGUUUCAAAAUAUAUGAAGACCAUAUCAUGCUAAGAAAAUAAAAAAGCAUUAAACUUAAUAUACAAAUUUUUAGUGCUGCUUAAAUCACAAUCAUGCAAGGAUAUACUAAAAUGAACUUUAUAUAAGCUUAUAAUACAAUUCAAUCACCUAUAAACUUUUAAACUGAUACCUUUUUUUCAACAGUAAUUAACUUGAAAAAUGUAAUUGGGAAAUUAGAAAUAAUAAAUUCAAGAAUUAUAAAUGACUAGAAUCAUCCUAACCAUAAUCUUCUUUAUAUCUAAGGAAGCUAAAUUUAGAUACAGAAUUCAAACUUUACAAUACAUGCAAAUAAUCAAUAAAAAUUAUAGUUUUUAAGUGGUAGUAAUAGUAUUCUAGGAGGUAUAGCAAUGAUACAAUGUUCAGCUUUAAAAAUAUUAAGCAGUAUUUUUAGUGGUGGAUUAUCGCUUUAAGGAGGAGGUUUAUACAUAUAAGCUACAUCACUUGCUAAUAUUUAUAUCUUUUAAACAAAUUUCACAGAGAAUUGGAGUUUUUCUUUAAGCGAUCUUAAAAACUCUAAUGGAGGAGCUAUUUACAUUAAUUAAAUGCAAUAAAAUUUAGGUGUAACCCUUAGAUUUAUUUAAUGCCUAUUUUCUAAUAAUUUUGCUUAUAGCAAGGGAGGAGCAUUGUAUGUGUCUUCCAGUUAUAAUAAAUUUUAUUUGAAUUUGCUGUUAUCCAACUUUUCAAACAAUUUUUCUUAUGACGGAAGUAGCUUAUAUUCCUCUUAGAAAAACUUUUUAAGCAUAGUGUAGAUAUAAUAAACUUGUAAUUUAUAUUCCUAUAAGUAUAUCUCAGAUUUUAUCAUUGAAAUCGAAUAAUUUGUAUAACCAAUGAGCAUUUCUCCAAGUCUAUAUUGCUUGUAAGGUUUUAAUCAGGUUUACUUAUUAUAAAAUACAUUUUUAGUAGAGGAAACAAGUUUUUAGCUUAAUUCUAAAGAAACUUAGUAUUCGUUUAUCUUUUAAAGUUUAAUUAUCUUUGAUUCGAUAAAUUAUCUUCAACUUGCUUAAAAUAAAAUAAGUAAUUUUAAAGUAUAAAAUUACUUACUUAAAAUGACUAAUAUAAAAAACUUAAGUUUGUCAAAAGAUUAAUUUUUUGAUAAUUAAUAAAUAAUUUAUAAUCUAAAUCUAUUUGUAGCAGAUUCAAUGAUAAUAAUUUAAGCAAAUUCAAUUAAAUUGGAGUAAAUUAUUUACAUAAACAAUACUUGCAGUAAAUGUGCUUAAGGAAAUUUGCGGGUAAUUUCUAAUCACAUUUUAAUUGCUGAUAGCACUUUUCAAUUGAAUACAGCUCUAAAUGGAGGAGCUCUUUCAAUUUCAAAAUAUAUAGAAGAUGAAAUAAUUACACUUAGAUUUUUACAUUUUUAUUCAUAUUAUGAAGAAUAUUUAAUUAGAAAAUCAAAUUAAAAUUAAACAAUUUAUAAUUCAACAUUUUUAAAAAAUACUGCUUUGAAUAACGGAGGAUCAAUCUUGGCAUAAAAUACUUAUUUAUACAUAAUAAAAAGCAAAUUCUAAGAAAAUAAUGCAAAUUAAUUUGGAGGAGCAAUAGUGUCUGAUCUAAAUGAUAAAUUGGAUCAAUUUUAAAAAAUCCACUUAAUAAAAAAUAUAUUUUACAGUAAUAAAGCUAGAAUCGGAAGUAGUUUUUAUCAAAUGUAGAAUCUGCCACUACACUAUCAUUUUGAUAAUAAGCUAUCUUAAAACGAAGCAUAACUUUACAAUAAUAAUCUAAUCUAAUUUGCUGUUCAAUUUAUAGGCAUCAAGGAUAAAUAAACUUACAGAAAAUCUUUAUCAAUAAAUAAGCAUUUGAGUGGAAAAUUUAAGGAUGAAAUUGUUCUGUAAUUAGUUAAUAAUGAAGAUUAGCCUAUAACAACUCUGAAUGAAGAAAUUAAAUUAAAAGUUUAAGUUUUGAAAGGAGAAGAUUAUUACAUUGAUUAGAAUUAUAUAUCAUAAAAAAGUGGUAUUUUUCACAUAAAAGAUAAAAUAAAUGUUUUUGGAAGGCUUGGAAAACAAAUAAUAUUAUAAAUAUCUUCUGAGUAUGCCAAGUCUCCUAUUUAUAAAUAAGAUGGUGAAUUAAUUAAAAUGGAAACUAAUAUUUCUUUUGAGAUAGAAAUAAAUAUAGCUGAAAAAUGCUCUGUAGGUACAAGUUAUUUUAAUGAUACUAUAAAAAAAGAUAUAUGUAAUCCCUGCCUUGAAUUUAUGUAUAAUUUAAAUGACGGUGAUAAAUGUCAUAAAUGUCCAGAUAAUUUUUUAUGCAAAAAGACUAGCAUUUAUUUACCAAGAGGAUUUUGGAGAUCAAAAAAUAAUAGCUAUAAUUACAUCGAAUGUUACGGAUACUUUUAGUGUGUAGGAGACAUUAAUAGAAUAGGAAUAGCAGAAUAGUAUUCAGAUGAAAAUCGUUAUUGUGAAGAAGGAAAUAUUGGAGCAUUAUGUAUGGAUUGUGAUUUGUAUGGAAAGUAUUGGAAUGAAAGGUAUUAUCAAGCUGCAACUUACACUUGUUUAAAAUGUGGAUAAUUCAAUGCUAAUUUAAUGAUCGACAUCAUAGUACUUCUGCUUAAUUUUUUGUAAUAUCUAACAUUUUACUUAAUUGCUUUACUCAACUGUCAUUGUGUGCAAAAAAUAUGA